AAUCCUUGUAAGCGCGAACAAAUCUUAACGCAAUUAGAGAAGACGAACGCUUGGUCGCGCCGACACGGAAAAUGGUGCUGCUGCUGCGAUUUUCUAUUAACUUUAGUACAUUCAUGUAUUUGAUGUGCAACUAACAAGCAGAAAAGGAGUAGUCAAUAAUAGAAAUCAACAAAAAAAAAGGAAACAAAAAUCUGAAGAAAAAAGAAACGUUGUGCAAAUAAGAAAUCCUUAAAAGAAAAGUUUAAAGUUCAACCAAAUUUGCUGACAACUGGAAAGCCAAGGCAAAAAGUGUGUGUGUAAUAGCAAAAAAAUAAAGCAAAUAUGGCAAAAAUUUUCAAGUUCGAAAAUUCUUUCAAACUACCUUUUCAACCUCAUAAAUAGCCACAAAAUUGAGAAAUAUGUGUUAAAAACCAAUCCAAGAAUAGUUUAAUUGCAAAAACGCAAAAAAAAAAUCUAACGGUAAAAGUGCUGGGUGUUAAAAUGAGACAGCCAAUAAGGCGUUAAUUGCGUGAAAAUCCGAAACUAAAUACUGCACUGACCAAAUGGCGAGCAUAAUGAGGCUAAUUUCGGCGUUGAUGAGCUGGAAGUAAAGAGUAACGCAACAAAAAACAACAACAACAACAACUUUAAAACAAAAAUAAUUUCGAACUAAAAGUAUAGCAAACGGAAGAGUACCGUAAUUACGCAGCAACAACAAAACGGAAGCAGCGGAAAGCCAACGAAAAAAAAGCAACAAAAAACAGAAAAACACACAAAGCAAGAAAAUUCUAAAAAUUUAAUAACAAAUAUUUUUUGAACGCAACGAACGCACUGCAUAAAUUAUAUAAUAUUUGAAAUCAAAGUAUCGCGGCGACAGCAUGUCGUUAAAAGCGCGACGCACGAAGUUGACAUUACACACGACAACGGUGAAAAUGAAGUUGACUUGACCGAGGCGUUCGCGGCAGCAGCAACAGCGACAACAGCAACAAUUACGCACAGCCGUUGGUGCGGCAAAUGCAUUAACAAAUACAACAAAAACAAAAACAACAACACAAACAGCAGCAAUAACGGCACCACCAGUAACAAUAACGGUACCACUAACACCCGCCACACAGUGGAGUUGUGCUACUGGCGUUGGUCUAGGUUGUGGCAGCGUUGUCGACAAUGGUUGUGGCGCCAGCGUGCACUGGCAUAUUGGCCGUUGCCGUUUACCUUUACAGCUACGGCAUACAACGCUGACCGGCGAUCAGCUAUCAGACAACUAAAUAUUUACUUUAAUCUCUUGCGUAUAUACUGUAUGCUUAUACUUAAUUACUUUACGACCGGGGGCAGCAAAAGUGGUGGCUGUAGAGGAGCAAGCAGCGUCAACGACAAGCAAACGGUUGCAAAUGAAGUUGCGUAUACGCCAUGUAGACAUAGCAGAGAUAGUGUCAGAAGAGUGACAAUUAUAACUACAACAACAAGUAGAAACAGAAGGCAGCCAACAACAACAAUAAAUAGCAGCACAAGCCAACCAACAACAACAACAGCAAGCAGAGGCAAAAGACAACCAACAACAACAACAUGCAGCAGCACAAGCCGACCAACAACAACAACAGCAAGCAGAGGCUCAAGUCAACCAACAACAACAGCAAACAGCGACACAAGUCAACCAACCUCAGCAGAGGUUGCGUAUACGUCAGGUAGGCCAAUAGCAAGCAGCACAAACGAGCACACAAGCCAUGUCUUGUAUACGCCAUGUAGCACCAGCUGCUCUGCAAACUGCAGCCACCACCGUAGCUCUAGCGUUGGUGCGCCCAAAUCAAACAUCAUCACCAAAAUCAACUGCCAUGACUUGGUGUUUGUAAAACCAAUCAGUCACGGUGGCAGCUGUGACCGAAUAUCGAGCGACACGAAGCGUGAUCAGCACACAGCGGCGGGCAACUACAACAAUAACGGCGAAGAAAAACAUAAGGGCAGUAAGUGGCGUAAAUUGCAUGCAGUGUGGGUGCUUUUGUGCUUGUUGUUGCAGCGGCAUUUUGUAGCCGGUGUGUUGUUUGUGAAGUGUUUGAUUAUCGAGUAUGUUGCAGGCUGGCUUAUUACCAUGCAAAUUGCUGCAACGGGUAGUGCAAAUACGGAGGAAGCUAUAAAAACAAAAAAUGCAACAGCAACAACAACAGAAGCAGCAGCAAUAGCAAGAGCAAUAACAACAACAACAACAAAAGUUGGUACAACAACAACAGAAGCUGCAGUUUCAACAAAAGCAAUAAAAGCAACAACCAAACUCGGUGCAACAACAACAACAACAACGUUGGAACCUGCAACAACAACAACAUCUAAAGUUGUAAUAACGGAAGUAGCAACAACCACAAGCAUAUUGAUGGCUGCAACAACAACAACAACGUUAAAAGCUACUAGGACAGAAGUAGCAGCAGUAACAACAACAGCACUAUGGACAGCUCCACCAACAACAACAAUAAGAGUAGCUGGAGAAAAAUCACUAGCUGCACCAACAACAGCCGACGUUGUAAAAAUAACAUCAUCAGCAACAACAACAAAAACUUGCACUGCAGAAACAACAACAACACUAGCAGAAAAAUCAAAAAUUAAUCUAACGCAUUCGCCCUCCUCAACAACUAAACUCAUUUUCACCACAAGCGCGUGCACCCGCACGCACACAAACACAACGAUCAAUGCAGCAGCAAUCAAAAAAGCAUAUAACAGUAGAAAACGAAGAAGAAGCAGAAGCAGAAGCCACAGUCGCAGCCGUAGCUCAUCGAAGAGACAUAGUCGUAGUGCGCGUAGUGACAGUGUCAGCGUCAGCUUUAGCUAUUUAUCGCACUUACACAUACAACUACUAGUAAUACAAGGAAUUUGCAUUAUAAGACUGAUAUCAUUAAAGAGAUUUCUACAAAUUCCUAAGCAACAAUCAAAUGUAUUUCAUAAGCGUUUACAAAACUGCCGAAUCAGCGUCAUUGCAGCGGCUGUUGUCGGCUGUCGCUUAGUGCGUAGCAAGCACAUGUUGAGGCUAAAAGCAAAAACAACAACAGAUACAGCAUUAGCACCGACAACAACAACAGCGUUUACAUCAACAACAACAAAAACGCCGUUAGCGCGAGUGUCUGAAGUGUCAGUGACAACAUCCUCGCAGCUGCCACAGUCGACGCCGCAAACUAAGCACGCACAAGCGCCGUCACAAGCACAGCCACAACUACCGUUAGUCACCCACACAUUGUCGCGACCACAGACAUAUUCGCGCGCCCAACCGCAACCACAAAAGCAACUCAAGCGUCAGCCAGCCCAGCAGCAAAUGCAGCUACAACAAAAACAACAACCACAGCGACUGCAGCUACAACAAAUACAGCAAACACAGCAAUUGCAGCUACAACAAAAGCAGCAAGAACCACAGCAACUGCGGCUACAACAAACACAGCAAUUGCAACAACAACCACAGCAGCUUCUGCCACAACAAAAACCGCAACGACAACAACAACAACCGGUGGCAGAAAAAAUAGCAAAUAUCACUUGCGGUUUCGCACAGCGCAUCAUCACGCCGCUGUUGUUGCAAUGUUUUUGUCACUUUCAUUUUAUUAUUACGAAUUACUUUCAUGUCUGCCGCUGGCGUUGGCAGUGUCGCUCAUUACCGUUGUUACAUCGCUCACUCACUGUGUUGAUUUUGUUAUCUUCCUUGUGGCAUGGCACUGAGUGUUUUCACGGCAGCGUCAAGUUUAGCGCGAAUACGGUGAAGACGAAAUACGGUCUGCUGCGCGGCAUUGUGGUGCGUUCGAGUCCCAUGGUUGAAGCAUACUUAGGCAUACCAUAUGCCUCGCCGCCGGUCGGUAGCUUAAGAUUCAUGCCACCCAUCACGCCAUCCACUUGGAAGAAUGUCCGGAAUGCAGAUCGCUUCUCGCCCGUGUGCCCGCAAACGGUGCCCAUACCGCCCAAUGGCCCCGAGGCGUUGCUAGAAGUGCCGCGGGCACGUUUGGCGCAAUUGCGACGUCUGCUGCCGUUACUCAGCAAUCAAUCGGAAGACUGUUUAUACUUAAAUAUUUAUGUUCCAUAUGAAAAUCGACGCAAAAGACGCUCCACUAGCAGCAACAGCAUGGAGCACACGCACGAUCCCCCAACCCUACUCGCCACCGUACUACUACUACAUGGCGAAUCGUAUGAAUGGAAUUCGGGCAAUCCCUACGAUGGUUCGGAAUUAGCGGCGCAUGGUAACAUCGUCGUUGUGACGAUUAACUUUCGUCUCGGCAUAUUUGGCUUCCUGAAAACGGGUGGCAAAGAGAGCGCGCAGGGAAAUUUCGGCUUAAUGGACCUCGUAGCUGGUUUGCAUUGGCUAAAGGAAAAUCUGCCCGCUUUCGGCGGUGAUCCACAGCGCAUAACAUUGCUCGGGCAUAGCACGGGCGCAGCGUUGGCCAACAUACUGAUGGUCUCGCCUGUGGCAAGCGAUCUUGUACAGCGCGCAGUGCUGGUUAGCGGCUCUGCGCUCUCGCCGUGGGCCAUACAAAAGAAUCCAUUGUUCGUGAAGCGUCGUGUUGCCGAACAGACUGGUUGUCAUGGCGAUAUGUUGUACGAUGAUUUGGCGCCUUGUCUGCGCACCAAAACGGUUGCUGAGCUGUUGGCCGUGAAAAUCGAUCAUCCGCGAUUUUUGAGUGGAUUUGCGCCAUUCAUCGAUGGUACAGUCAUAUCGCCGAAUACCGAUCCAAUUGGAGAAUUAUCGUUGCCUUUAGGUUCUGCUAUUGUUAGUACAUCAGGAAUUGAAUUUGCAAACUUUCCGAAACGCGACCUCAUUUUUUGCCUUACCUCAGUGGAAUCGUAUCUGGAUUUGAGUGCACAAGAUUUGGAAUUUGGUUUUAACGAAACACGACGUGAUCGUAUACUAAGAACAUUUGUUCGUAAUAAUUUUCAUUAUCAUUUAAACGAAAUAUUUGCUGUGUUAAAGAACGAAUACACCGAUUGGGAGAAGGCCAUACGCAGUCCCCUGAGCUCACGUGAUGCUACUCUCUCCUUUUUGAGUGAUGGGCAUACCGCGGCAGCGCUGAUUAAACUAGGCUACAUGCAUAGCUUACGUGGUGGUCGCAGUUAUUUUAUACAUUUUAAGCAUAGAACAGUCGAAGAGGAGUAUCCGCAGCGAACCGGUUCCGUUCGUGGUGAAGAUGUGCCUUUUUGGUUAGGAUUACCCAUUUCACCACUAUUCCCGCACAACUAUACAACUCAGGAGAAACAGAUUAGUCGCCUUAUGCUGCGCUAUCUCGCGAAUUUUGCGAAAACGGGCAAUCCAAAUCAUUCAGGUUUAGACACACCAUCCAUAGCUGCAUCAGCAUCCCGUUCACCGGGUUACAUCACCGCACAACUCGACCAUGGCAAAGUGAAACGCGCCUCACUCAAAACACUAAAUGCCGUCAACAAGUUCUUCAACCUCACCAUACCACAUCAACUCAGCCUACAACAUGGCAGUUUGCUGGACACGAGCGGCGCCAUAAAUCUCGCGCUCAUCUACAAUCAGCGACGUAGCGGUGCGAUGCGUGAACGACGCGCUUACUACAAACGACAUAUGCACAACAACAACAACAAUAAUAAUAAUAAUAACAACAACGAAUCGAAUGAAUUACUCAAUGCGGCAUUGAGAUUUGUUGCCGACGAGCCGAGCCUUGGACGUGGUGAGCAUUUGCCCUUCUGGGAUGCCUACGAUGUGGUGAACCAGCUCUACUUGGAAUUGGGUAAUAAGGCAGAGGUGCAGAGUCAUUAUCGUGGUCACAAAUUGUCCAUGUGGUUGAAUUUGAUACCACAAUUGCACAAGCAUUCCAAUAUCAAUGAUCAGUCCAUGCGCCAUCAUCAGUUUCCCGAUGACAUCAGUAAUCGUGAUUUGUACGAAGGUGUCGUACGUCCACAAAUGCAAACGAAGCCGCCGGAUGAUGAGGAAACCGUUGUGGUGAAAACGCCAAAAUCUACAACAGCCACAAAGGCUGUGAGCAAUAGUACUAAGGCCGGCGUUAAUACUCCGAUCGGCGCUACAACAACAGAAUGCAACCCUGACGGUACGAUAUAUGCGAACAUUGGCGAUAGCGCGUCCACCCAACAGCCCGCAGCAACGGAAAAUCGCACAAUGUUGGAGAAUGGUGGGCAACAAAAGGAUCUGGCGACCGCCUCCACCGGACUCAUCGGCAAUUUGGAAAUGUUCCGUCGCUUGAGCGGCAAACAAUUCCCCAGCUACACCACAGCGCUGGUGGCCACCGUCGCCGUCGGCUGUUUUCUGCUCACACUAAACAUACUCAUCUUCGCCGGUAUUUAUCAUCAGCGCGAAAAGCGUGCACGUGACGCCAAAACGAAAGAGGAACUACAAGACACGAAUGAGACCAGCAAAACGGCUAGCAUACUCAAAUUGAAUACGCUGGGCGAUGACGAUGGCAGCAUGCGCUUUGAUGCGCUCACCAGCGGCAAGAGCACAGUGGUUUUCGGCGAAUACAACUAUUACGAUGAGAAGCCGCCGAAAGGUUGCGGUAAAGAUGAGAAGUUACUCGUUGAACUGCCGCCCACACAAACAACCGCACAUAUGGAAUUGAAUUGGCCCGGCGGCGGCGGCUCGAGCAGCACCUUGGACUUGCUAAAGACGAAACAUCACAGCGCUUUAGAGGCGGCCAGCUUUAACGGCAGCAAGGAAGCGGCAGCUGAUAUGCACCAUCUACAAGGCAUCAGUAAUAUCGAAAUGGCCACAUACAGCACACAAAUGCCGUUGGCACCCGGCAUAGCGGUGCUCGAAUCGGCGCUAAUGCCGAGCAGGCGUAGCUCGUUCAUGGCCAGCGGCAGUCAGACGUCCAUGCAAUUCGAUUAUGCGGUGCAAUCGUCGGAUCAGUUGUCAUUCAAGGAGAUUGAGAAUGCGGUCAAAGUGUCCACCGACGAGAUUGUCAAUGAUUUGGAUGAUGAUAUACCGGAACCGCCACCACCGCCACGUUCAUUUCAAAGCGCACACCUGCAACAACAACAACAGCAGCAGCAGCAGCAACAACAAGGUGGCAUCUUGCGUUCGUCGGGCUCAAAUACGGUUUCGUCGGCGAGCGGCAAGAAACGUGUACAUAUUCAAGAGAUUUCGGUUUAGUCUUACUCAAAUACGAAUACUUAUGUAGGUAUGCAUACAAUUACUAAUGAAUACUCUAAAUGAAUAUCGUACAAUGUACUAGCUAUUCUACAAAUAUUUUUUUUUUUAUUUUUUUUUUUUGCUUUUCUUUGCUGUUGGUUUAGCAAAAUCUAGUUUUAUUAUUGAAAUUUAUUUCUGUUUUGAAAACAAUAACAUUUUACCGUUAACUUAGCAAACAAAUAGUUCCAACACAUCUGCAGUUACUUCAACUGUAGCAUGAUUUUUACUACACAUUACUGUAUUCUAUACUUCCGAAGUGUUACCCUGAUUUUCGCGUUCGCUUUUUGGUGGCGCCCAAGAUAUGUCUAACUGGCUUCUUAUUUAGCAAAUAAACACCUAACAUAUUCUGCUGUAAAUUAUAUUAUAUUUACGUAUUAUAUAUAUAAAUAUAUAUUAUAUAUUUAGGAAAAUUUCAGAUACAAUACGCAUAUUUGUGCGUAUUAAAAUAAAAGUAAAAAAGUGAAAAAUAAUUAUUUAUUGUAUAAUAUAUUGUAUGGUGACUAUAUGAAUGUAAAAUGUAAUGUAAGAAUCAAAUUCUUUUUUAGUACUAAUAAAUUUAUAUUUAUUGUUGGACAAAAUUAAAACGAGAUUUUAUUUACGUUGAAACGGUAAAAAUAAGUACUAAAUAAAUAAACCGAAGAUAUACA